CCUCCGGGCCCCGCGCCCCUCGCCCGGGCGGCCGGCGAUGGUGACACAUGCGGCGGCGGCGCGCCGGCGGCAGGACCAUGGUUGAGCGCGCCAGCAAGUUCCUGCUGGUGGUGGCGGGUUCGGCGUGCUUCAUGCUUAUCUUGUACCAGUACGCGGGCCCAGGGCUGAGCCUGGGCGCGCCCGGCGGCCGCGCGCCGCCCGACGACCUGGACCUGUUCCCCACGCCCGACCCGCACUACGAGAAGAAGUACUACUUCCCGGUGCGCGAGCUGGAGCGCUCGCUGCGCUUCGACAUGAAGGGCGACGACGUGAUCGUCUUCCUGCACAUCCAGAAGACGGGCGGCACCACCUUCGGCCGCCACCUCGUCCAGAACGUGCGCCUGGAGGUGCCCUGCGACUGCCGGCCCGGCCAGAAGAAGUGCACCUGCUACCGGCCCAACCGCCGCGAGACGUGGCUCUUCUCCCGCUUCUCCACGGGCUGGAGCUGCGGGCUGCACGCCGACUGGACCGAACUCACCAACUGCGUACCCGGUGUGCUGGACCGCCGCGACCCUGCCGCGUUGCGCACGCCCAGGAAGUUCUACUACAUCACCCUUCUUCGAGACCCCGUGUCCCGCUACCUGAGUGAGUGGCGUCAUGUGCAGCGCGGAGCCACGUGGAAGACCUCGCUGCACAUGUGCGAUGGGCGUACACCCACCCCCGAGGAGCUGCCGCCCUGCUACGAGGGCACAGACUGGUCAGGCUGCACGCUGCAGGAGUUCAUGGACUGCCCCUACAACCUGGCCAACAACCGCCAGGUGCGCAUGCUGGCUGACCUGAGCCUGGUGGGCUGCUACAACCUGUCCUUCAUUCCCGAGGGCAAGCGGGCCCAGCUGCUGCUGGAGAGUGCCAAGAAGAACCUGCGCGGCAUGGCCUUCUUUGGCCUGACUGAGUUCCAGCGCAAGACUCAGUACCUGUUCGAGCGGACGUUCAACCUCAAGUUCAUCCGGCCCUUCAUGCAGUACAACAGCACGCGGGCGGGCGGUGUGGAGGUGGACGAGGACACCAUCCAGCGCAUCGAGGAGCUCAACGAUCUGGACAUGCAGCUCUAUGACUACGCUAAGGACCUCUUCCAGCAGCGCUACCAGUACAAGCGGCAGCUGGAGCGCAGGGAGCAGCGCCUUCGGACCCGCGAGGAGCGCCUGCUGCACCGCGCCAAGGAGGCACUGCCGGGUGAGGACCCUGAGGAGCCAGGCCGUGUGCCCACUGAGGACUACAUGAGCCACAUCAUCGAGAAAUGGUAGUGGUGGCAGCCGCAGGGAGACCUCGAAGAGCAGGGUGAAGCAGGUCACAGGUCACUUGCAAACGGGGCCCACUGGAAACUGCUGAGAGACCCCACACCCAUUCACCAGAAGGCACGGAAGGCACAUGCAUCCUGGGAAGAGUGGGAAGAAGGAAGCAGGGCCAGCCCAGGCAUUCUUGAUGCUCCCCAAGGCAGGGUCUGACAGAUCCAUAAGUCCAGCCCGCUGGGGCAGGCAAGCAUGCUGAAAAGAUGCCCCAGGUGUGGUGGGCAUGGUAGGGCCUCUGGGCGAGGUGGUGUACCUGCUGUCCCAUCCCUUUCGCUGUCACAUCAGCUAAUGGUUUGGAAAAAGAGACAGGGACCCUGGAGAGAGGACAAGCCAAGCCAGGAGCCAGUCCUACACCAACUAUGCACUCACCUGCGCUCACCCUGCUGUGCAGGCCAGCAGGGCAAGAGGUCAGCUUCAGGCAGCCAACCCAGCACCCUCCCUGGGACACAGGAGCUCCUAGCUCAGCCUCCUAUAGCUGUCCAGGCCAGGGUCACCCUGCUGAGGCAGAGAAAACUCCAGUCCAACCCCUGGAACCCUACUCCCCUCAAUAGCCCAUUGGCAGAGCCCAAAGUGCAGCUUGGCCUUGAGGGGCCACCAGGCAGACGGGGCUCUGGCAGGAAGGGGGGUGGGCACCACGAACUCCCCUACCCUCCCAGACCUGCCCCACCCAUUGCUAUAACCUUUACUCAAGGGCUCAUAGACCACCAUCCCACAACCCCAUGCAUGAAGGUAUGAUUAGGCUCUAUCAGCUGGGGCUGGGGACCAGAGCUGCUGCCCGUGAGCCAUACCCUGGGCCAUGGUGGUUCUCGGUGAUCAGGAAGGGCACUGAGACCCUCAGAUUCUUGACCAGGGCUGCCCCACCCCACCCAGGUGCUCAGCCCUGCCCACCAUGGCUCUCCUGCCACUUCCCUGACCCUCUCAGAGGCUGGCCAGCGGCCUGCUAGAAGCCAUGCUGAUAUUCACUGUAAGCACUUGCCCCAUGCCAUGUCCCUGGCCCUGGCAGGGCACAGGCAUUGCCUGAGGCUGCAUGCUGACCCUGCAGUAGAACAGGCCCCUCCUCCCUGCUUCCAGUUUCACCAGGCCACUGCUGGGUCUCACCAUGGAGUAAAGGGUUGUCACGAAGGGUGGGGGACUCCCAUACCCCUGGAAGGAGCAGUUUCGUCCUUGUUUGCCUGCACACGGCCCCACCCUCAGUCCUCUGUGCCUGCUAUUGCACCUGGGGUCCAAAGGCAGGAUGAGCUCUGGGUGGGCAUCAUCCAGCCCAGCCCAACCCAGGGCUGCCUCCCUCUCAAGUGUCACACCGGAGAUGUGGGCGCCCAAGUGAGUGAUGGAUGGCUCUUUGGAAGGGUGGCCCCCAUCAGCAUCAGGAGGCGGGGCUCUGGUGCUCUUCAUUUGGGCUGUUUCUGGGAGAAGGGUGGGGGGUAUUGGGGGAGCCCUGCAGUCCUUCGUUCUCAGGCCAUGGUCUCCUGUCCAGAAGUGAGCUCCCUGAGUGUUGCCUCUCUUGUACAUAUUAUGUGUUAACUACCCUGCUGUCCCCACUCACAUGGAAGCACGGGUCUCCUCUAGGUCUCUGCUGCAUUUGGAAAACAGUCCCAUCCCAGGCCAGCAACAGGCUGAGCCAUCUCGGGCCCACAGCUGUCCGGCCGGCACUUCCUGCUCAGGCCACCUCCUUUGGUGUGAAGCUUCCUUGUGCUCACAGCAUCUCCCAGGACCUCACAGGUCAGGGCAGCCCCAUCCCUACUCUGAGGGCUCUGCCCCCACACCGGGGCUUCCCUGGGUGAGUGGACCCAGUGGUCACCAGGCACCCUGUGGACCUGCGGAUGCGCCCUCCUGGAGGGGAGCCUGGAACAGCAGAACUGUCCAAGCAACAAGUCUGUGAACUUUUUGGGAACUGGAACUGUCUCACUUGAACCCAGGAGCGUUUAAAGCUUUAUUUAUUUAUAGCUUCUUAUUAAAAAAAGUGUUGAGAAGAAAUCUUUUGGUUAUUCAUACAAAAAAAGAGUUGAUGACGGAGAAGCAAGUCAUAAUCACCCAAUUGUUUCUGUCUAGGUUGAGAAUGAAUGUUAGCAGACGAAUAAACCUGAAAAGGAC